AUGGCACAAGUUCAACAACCGGCAAAUCUAACUCAAUUAUCAAAUUCUUCCACAUCAAAUGGAUCUGGAGCUGGAAAUCCAGAAGAAUCAGUUGAAAACGGCGCAUCUUCUUCAAAUUUGAAUCUGAAUUUGAAUCAUAAUGAUAUUGAUAUGUUAGAGGAAGAUGAAGAAGCUGCUUCAUUGCGCAGAAGAAGCACAAGAGCGAGUGCUUUAAAGGCGCAAGAGAAGAUUAAACUGAAAGAUGAUAUAGUUCAACCACAACAAGCUGAAGGAGGUGAAGAUGAUUUAGAACAAGAAGAAAAACAUUCUGGCAAGAAUUUAGAUGAUCCUCUAGAAGGACCUCCAGAGAAAAAGAAAAGACUAGAAGAUGGAAAAGAUUUGGAUCAAUUUUGUUUCCGAUUUGGUCUUCGAACUGAUGAAGAUGGUGAUGUUUAUGCGAUGACCGAUGAAAGUGAGAACUCCUCAAUUCACUCAUCUGAAAUGGCUGUUAUUCAUGCGCAUCACGAAAAAAUGUUGAGUCGCGAAAUGACGCAAGAACUGCUGAAUGAGCGGACAAUGAUGCGGAAAGAAGCGGAAUCGCAACUGCGGAAAGAGGAAUCGAAAUUGGCAUUGUUGAAGAGAAUGCGACAGAGUCAAACGUGUGCUAUUCAAAAAUUGGCGGAAGCCAAGAAAAUGACAGCUGGUUUGCCGAAUAGUUUGGGAAAUGGAAAUGGAGGAGGAGCUUAUAAACCGAUAUUUGCACCGCCUUUGGGAAAAAAUGGAAAUGCCGCUGCUACUAAUGGUAAAGGUGAGUUUUAGAGCUUAAAGUAUUUAAAAAUCUUGAAUUCUUCAUCUAAGAUAAUCUGAAAAUCAGAAUUUUUCGGCUCUAACAAUAAAAAAUAAAAUUUUUCGUCAUUUGCCACGUGGAUUUUUAUCCAGAAAAAAAUUCAGAAAUUUAAAAUUCAUGAACCUAUGACGUGGAAUUUCAAAACCUUUAUACAUAUAAAAUUUGAAUUCAAAAAUUAAUAAAUAUUUUGUUUUUUUUUUUGAAAAAAAACGGUUUUCGACUAUGAAAAACGAAUUCUCCUCAAAAAUUCCUUGGAAAUUUGAAGUUUUGUUGAAAAAUUCAGGAUUUUUGACCUAUACACAAAUUUUUAAUUGAAAAAAUCGAUAAAAUUUUCAUUUUUUUUUUCUCAAAAAAUCUUAUCCCUCUCAAAACUCUUCAUUUUCCAGCUUCCAUCAAUCAACCACAAAAGAAUGCAGCUCUUCUUGCUUUAGCCGGAAUGACUCCACAACAACAAUCCGAACUUCUCGCACGUCUCGCACAAAGUUCCACAGCAGCUCAACAAGCAUUGCUGCAAUCAAAGAAAACUGGAAAUUCAGCGCAAAUCCAACAAAUGCUGACGCAAUUAAUACUCAAUGCUCAACAACAAAUGACAAAAGCCGAAGAGAAAUCGAAACAACAUCAAAAUGGAGUGGCGACGACGCAGGCGACGUCGCAAGUCACCGCAGCAACGAGUUCUGCGAAUUCGGCAGCCGCAACUUUGUCGCAAGCACAAGCUAAAUUGAUGGCAUCACAAACACCGCAACAACGAAGUCUUGCGGCGAGAAUGGCAUUCCGUGCACAAGCUGAUAAACAACUUAUGAUGGUGUCUGCACCAAAAGCUCCACCACCUGAUAUGUUUUUUAUUCCAAAUCCAUCACAACCUGCUUUUACAUAUUUGUUGGGAUUGGAUUUGGUGGUAUCGAAAGUAUUGAAAGAUAAAGCUGUUGAUCGGUGAGUUUUUUAUUUUAUAAAAAAAUUCUAAUUCGUUGAAAAUCUAAAUUUUGCUUUGCUAUAAACAACCCAUUAAUUUCAUAGAAAUUUUUUUUUAACAUUGAAUUUUUCGGAACAUUUUGAUACCGGGUGAAUUUAGCUGAAAUUUUCUACGUGGCAAUUUUCAGAUUCAGAAAAUUCAAAAUUUCAUGAAGUUUCCUAGCUUUUUUGAGUCCCAAAUUGAACUGGAAAAUUUUCAGCAUAAUUUUGACGAGAUUUCGAUGCAAAAAAUUGAUUUUUGCCACGUGGAAUCUUUUUUUCGCGUCAAAAAAUCUUCUUCAAUUUUACAAAAUCUGUUUUUUUCGACAAAAGUUUGCCACGUGGAUUUUUUCGCGACAAAAACGUUUUUUUAACUUUACAAAAACUAGCAAAACCAUCCAUAUUUUCCAGAAAAUGCACCGAAAAACCAUAUGAAUGUGAAGAAUGUCACACCGAUUUCACGCCAUCCUGGAAAGCGAUCGGACAACCUGGAGAAGAUCUUCAUUUGUAUUGCGAACAAUGCGUGAAAACAGCACAAAAACGCAAAAUUCGUCAAGAUCAUUCAACAUUCCUCAAAAAAGCAUAUCAAAAAAUCACGACGCAAGAAAAAGAAUUUGAGAAAAAGAUUGCCGAAGGCACUUUGGAACAAGUUUUCGAGCAACAAAUUCAACAACAACAGAAUCAAGCGAGAAAUAAUAGUGGAACACCAGUUGCAUCAACAAGUGCAACACAAUCUGCGAUUUCGAGAAUUGCGGUGGGAUCAAAUGGAAGUGGAACAUCUACACCCAAAGGAUCAUCGACUCCAGCUGCACCUUCCACUUCGAAUCAUACAUCAAGUUCUUCUGCGAAAUUAAGUGGAUCUAGUAAGAAGAGUUCGGCGAGUUCGGCGGCAAAUAGUGCACAACAAAUGCAGAAUGCACUAUUACAACAAUUUAUGAAUAGUCCGAUGGCGGCUGGAAUGAUGAGAAAUGGUGGAAUGAUGCAGCAAAUGGUAAGAAUUUUGUAGCUUUUUGGGCUUAAAAUUCCACGAUUUAGAGCUUGUUUUUGUCCCGAAAAUUAGCAUAUUUAUUAGUAAAAAGUUAUUUUUUUUACGAUUUUUCAAAUCUCGUAACCUAGAAAACAUUCCAAGAGAAGAAAAAUCAAUUUUUUUGCAGAUGCAAAUGUCGGCUCUAAUGUCAGCUCAAGUACAACAAGCAGCUCGAAGUGGUGUAAAUAUACCAAAUAUUCCAAAUAUGGCACAAAUGAUGAGUUAUAUGGCACAACAACAACAGCAACAGGUGAGAUUUGAGAUUUUUUGACUGAAUAUUUGAGCUCAAAUUCAUGAGUUUUGAAUAAUUUUGAAAACUAAAAUUUACCAAUUUUUUAAAAAAAUUAUCGAUUUUCAGCAGCAGCAACAGCAACAGGCUCAACAAAAUAACUCGAGUUCAUCGGCAGCCGCUGUAAAUGCUGCACAACAACAAAUGGCAGCAAUUGGUAGGUUUUUUGUGUUUUGGUAGAAAAUUUACUGAAAAAAUAGCGCUUUUAAUGCUAAAAAGUUGGAAAAAUAACAGGAAGUUUCAAAUUUGUGAGCCUGAAAAUUGUUACAAAUGAAAAUUCCCUGAAAUUUUUUGAUAAAUAUUUUUUUAUAGUUUUAUUUAAAUUUUUUUUUCUAAUCCUGAAAAUCCUUGAAAUCUGAAAGUGUCUAAUGAAAUUAAAAAAAAAUAAUUUUAAAUUGAAACAUUCUCGAAAUUUUUACAAAAAUUCAUAUUUCUAAGGCUAAAAAUCCUCGAGAUUUUGAUUUUUGAUAUCAAAAUUUCUUGUGAAAUUCUCAAAAAUCAUCUGAAUCUUAUUUUCUAAACCUAAAAAUCUCCGAAAAUCCCAUUUUUUCAAUAAAAAAUUCAAUUUAUCUCAAUUUUCAGCCGCUUUAAUGGCUGGUUCAUCUGGAAAUGCAGCAGCUGCCGCAAGUAUGAUGAAUCCACAAAUGAAUCGAAUGAUUCAACAAUUAUCAGCCACUCAACAAAAACAAUUUUUUGAGGCGAUUCGCGGCGCCAAAAAAUGA